AUGUUAGCUCGUGCGGCCAAAAUCCUGCCUCUGGGUCUUCGGACGUCUCCGGAGCAGCUCUUUGUGGGGUUGCAACAUGCCGCGGCCUUCUCUGGCGUCAACCUGUCCGACCGUGCAACCUUGAAGAAGUUUAUGGGCGUGGAGGACCUGUUGGGCCGCCACGAGGACACACGGGGGACACUUGCGGGGCUGCUGCAGCAGCUGCGCGAGUCUGUCGCCGCGCUGCCCGCAGACGCCGACUACCGGCGCGCCAUUGAGGCCACCGUGGCGUAUCGGCUCAAGGUGCUCGACGCAAAUGAGAGCGAUGCGGCGGUGGAGGAGGUGCUGGACAGCCACCUUGAGGAGCUGAUCCUCGAGUGCCGGGAGGAACUCAACCUGGUGCACGUCAUGGCCGAGUCCAAGCCUUGGGAGGUGCCGGCAGACUACCAGGUGCCCGUCUAUGACUACGUCAGCGCAGACACUGUGCUGGGCGGCAGCACGGCGCCGCCCAAGUGA